AUGGGUAGUGCAGCUUUUGCCCCACAAGAACGUUUAAAACCGUUUUUAUUAAACGAUACAGAAGAAAAACCUUAUGGUUGUCACGUGUGCAAUAAAGUGUUUACUAGACAAUCAAAUUUAAAGCAACAUUUGAUGACGCAUACAAAUGUGAAACCCCAUGUUUGUGAAGCCUGCAAUAAAGGAUUUCUCACCCGAAACUAUUUAAACAGGCAUUUACUGACACAUACGAAAGAGAAGUCAUUUGUUUGUGAAAUAUGCAGUCAAGCAUUUUCUCAUCGUAGAGACUUGAAGGUGCAUUUACUGAGACACGCGAAUGAGAAACCGCAUGUGUGUGACGUGUGCAAUAAAGCAUUUUUUCAAAGCUCAGAUUUAAGGAGACAUUUACGGACCCAUUCGAACGAGAAACCGAUCUUACUUAUGAGACAUAUCCAAGCAGCAAAUGAUCGUCGGCCAAUCAUUGGCCAAGCAUCGCCCCACAGAACGAGCGAGGUUGGGGCGAGAACGGAGGCGAUCUCGCCCCGACAUUGA